AGCCAAGUGUCUCAAUGCCUGACAAUUCAACCAUAAUAUAAAACCUGAAAAAUUAGGCAGUGGGCACAGACAAUAAACCAUCAACCGGAGAAACGGUUGGCAUUGAUGAGCAAGCCAUAUGAUUCAAAUGGUUGUUUUUGGUAGUUAAGCGGCUAAAACAAAAUGAACAUACCAUGUUUCUCUUCGGUCAUAUCGCCAUUUUUUUUGUUUCAUCCCUAAAAUAAGCUUACUGACGGAUUUUGCAACCUUAAAAUUCUGACAAGCAAAACCUAGCUGUUUCUUUGUUUUAACUCUUUCUCCUUUCACUGACAGCCCAAAGUCCCUCUCUUAAUCUCUUCACCUUGUUUUAGUUAUUUAUUUCUUUUUCUUUUUCAUAUAUCUAUUAAAUCACAGCACCUGUGAUUAAGGGAGCUAGAUAGAAACAGAAAGAGAGAGGUAGAGAUAUGGCAGGCAUUGCUACUGGUGCUUGUUCUUCAGGUUUGCUGUUUAGAAACAGAGAAGCAGGAGGCAAUGGAGCUUCUCUGGCUCAAUACAAUGAACUUAGAGCCGUGGAGAGCUUGCAGUUAUCUUCAACUGGAACUAAACCAAAAUGGUUCAUUUCUAGUUCAGCUUCAAAAUGCAGAACAAUCAGGGCUAUGGCUUCGCCAACAGCCUCAGCUCCCAAAAGAGAAAAAGAUCCAAAGAAACGAAUAGUUAUUACAGGAAUGGGUCUUGUGUCGGUCUUUGGCAGUGAUACUGAACAUUUCUAUAACAAACUUCUUGAGGGAGAGAGUGGUAUCACGCAAAUUGAUAGGUUUGAUGCUACAUCUUAUUCUGUACGGUUUGCGGGUCAAAUUCGUGAUUUUUCUUCUAAAGGAUACAUUGAUGGGAAAAAUGACCGCCGUCUUGAUGAUUGCUGGAGGUACUGCUUAGUUGCUGGAAGAAGGGCCCUCGAGGAUGCAAACCUUGGUGCUGAAGUCCUUGAGAAAAUGGACAGAACUAAAAUUGGGGUGCUAGUGGGUACAGGCAUGGGAGGUCUAACUGCUUUCAGCAAUGGGGUGGAAGCUCUUAUUCAAAAGGGAUACAAGAAGAUCACUCCAUUUUUUAUCCCUUACUCUAUCACCAACAUGGGAUCCGCAUUAUUAGCUAUAGAUACUGGCUUAAUGGGACCUAAUUAUUCCAUUUCAACAGCUUGUGCAACUGCAAAUUACUGCUUUUAUGCAGCUGCAAAUCAUAUUAGAAGAGGUGAAGCUGACAUCAUGGUAGCUGGUGGAACUGAGGCUGCUAUCAUGCCGACUGGGAUUGGCGGGUUUAUUGCUUGUCGGGCAUUGUCUCAAAGAAAUGAUGAACCCAAGAGGGCUUCAAGACCCUGGGACAAAGAUCGUGAUGGUUUUGUUAUGGGAGAAGGCUCCGGUGUACUGAUUAUGGAGAGCUUGGAGCAUGCUAUGAAAAGAGGAGCUAACAUAAUUGCAGAAUACUUGGGAGGUGCUGUAACUUGCGAUGCUCAUCAUAUGACUAACCCGCGUUCUGAUGGUCUGGGAGUUUCAUCUUGCAUAACCAAAAGUUUAGAAGAUGCUGGAGUUUCCCCUGAAGAGGUGAACUAUGUAAAUGCUCAUGCAACAUCAACACUGGCAGGAGAUUUGGCUGAGGUUAAUGCAAUAAAAAAGGUCUUUAAGGACACUUCUGAGAUAAAAAUGAACGGGACAAAGUCAAUGAUUGGACAUGGCCUUGGAGCUGCUGGUGGAUUGGAAGCCAUAGCAACCAUAAAAGCAAUCACAACUGGCUGGGUGCAUCCUACGAUUAACCAGGAUAACCUGGAGCCUGAUGUAAUAAUCGAUACUGUUCCCAAUGUGAAGAAACAGCAUGAAGUCAAUGUUGCUAUCUCUAAUUCAUUUGGCUUUGGUGGACACAAUUCUGUGGUGGUUUUUGCUCCGUUCAAACCAUAAAAGAAACUCCCUUUCCGCCCCUUAAAAUAUCAUUGAUUUUUGGAUCUUGGAACUUCCAGAAGCUUGAUACAAGAUUAGGUGACUAUCAGAAAACAUUUUCUGCCACCAACUUGAAGAUAUUACAUGCCCUUUGAUGUUGAUCUUGUAACUGCAUUCCAAGAGAAUAAGUUCAGUACUUUUUUGGUUCAAUAAAAUAUACGUCUUUUUUCUAUAUUUUGGUCGUUUG